CUUUGUCUUUCCUUCAGCCUGAGCCUCCCACUGGCUUUUCCAUUGGCUUAACGUUAUUAUAGGGGCACGGUUAUUCCUGAAAAACGGUUCAGAGCGGUUCAUUCCUCGAAAUACCGAAUCCGUUUGCAGUGUCCUGAGUCGUGCGUUACUGCAUGGACCCGGCUGGGCUUCCUCUCUAGCUGGAGCGGCGCACGGGCAUUGUCCUUUAAUUCAAUCAGAAGACAUUGUGCACAGGAGGAGGUGGGGCUAAACCGAGACACACUGCACACGCAUACGAUUAUUGUCGUUUCGCCUGUGUGAAAUCAGACGUGCGAAGCGCUGCACGUGACGCAAGACAUCAGGAGCAUGAGUGAUUCCGAGAAACAGAGCAUUUCUCUGAAAGAGAAGGAUGGAGUGGAGAAGAGGGGACGGGGACGGCCGAGAAAACAUCCGAAGGAGUCCAGUGGAUCCCCUGUUCCGAAAAGACCGAGAGGGAGGCCAAAAGGCAGCAAAAACAAAGGGCCCUCCAAGAAAAGAGCUGUGUCAUCUUCAGGAAAGAAGCUAAAGGGGAAGCCCAAGAAAGAGGAAAAAGAUCAGGCAUCUCAGGAGUGCUCGGAGGAGGACGAGGAGGAUGAAGAUGAGGAGCAGUAGCUGUCUCAUCCUCAGCACUACCUCAAGACACUCAACUUGGCACCACUCACUAAUCUGCAACCUGUGUUUUAACAAGGGAAUGUCAUUUGCUCAGACCCCUUCCCGAACUUCAGAGGACUGAUAUACAUCAAAUAUUCUCUCUCUCUCUCUCUCUCUCUCUCUCUCUCUCUCUCUCUCUCUCUCUUUCGCUCUAUCUCUCACUCUCGCUCGCUCUCUCUCUCUCUCGCUCUCUCUCUCUCUCGCUCUCUCUCUCUCACUCUCUCUCUCUCACUCUCUCGCUCUCUCGCUCUCUCUCUCACUCUCUCUCUCACACACACACAAUCAGUUAUGUAAAAAAACUGGAAUAAUUUUAGAAAUCUGUGAAUUAGAUCAUGUAAGUGUUUAGUACAUUUAAUGGUGCUUACUGGGUGCUUUUCUACUUUUGUUCAGGUUGGCUUUUUAUGUAUUUUAUGUGGCUUCUAAAGUGAGAAUUAUAGAAUUAGAAAGAGCAAGCUAUAUGUUUUGACUGUGAUGUGUAGUGGUCCUAUGGUUUUAGUGCAGGGCUUUCUGCUUAAAUGCAGCGGUUUUAAAACAUCCCUGCACCGUAAACUGACUAGAUUUCAUCUUAUUAGAUUUGCUUUAUUAUACAUGUCGAAGAGUGAGUAUUGAACAUUUGUUGAAGGUUAAGUGUGUGUAGUUUGUGAGAUAUACUUACCACGCAUUUAAGGAAUUUAGAUCAGCACUCUCUCUCUCAAUCUGUUGUAUUAGUUGAAUAGUGAAUGUAGGUGUUUCAAGCAUAGUUCUCACUUCACGUACAUUCCAGUAGCACUUAUUUCGUGACCAAAUUCGAUGGGCUGUUCGUCUUAGGUAUUUUGCUCACUGACAGAUUUGCCACGUUUUAUUUAACUAUUCCCAACUGGUCACUAUCUAGGACAAAUGAAAAGACACCCAGGGCAAAUUGGUAAUGGCUAAAGUCUUUUAUACAUUCAUCCGGUAAACACUAUUCUUUAAACGACAGUUUAUCACAGUUCAAAAUGUAUGGGUCCGUUCAAAUACUACUGGCAGUUUACACUGAACACUUGUGAAACAAUGCUCGCUUGACCAGCUAUACCUCAGUACCAUGGCUUGUGCUCGUGACAAGCCCACAUUUUAGUUGUGAUCAUGACUGUUUUUACUCUGAGCUUACAUCACACGUUUCAUCCAUGCCCGUUUUCUGAACCAUUGCAACAAUAUGCAUUAGCCACCUCAGGAAUUACAGUGUACAGAAAGGCAGCAAAAGACCAAGGUAGUGUUCAGAUAGCACUGAUGACUUCUGUAUAGAAUAUGUUUGUCUUUUCACUUGGAAAUAGCCUUUGCCCUGCACCUAUUUUUGAUGCAGCUGAGGAAUUGUCUACAAACUUUUUUAGGCUUAUACCACAUUUUGUUGAUGCAGCAGCAGGAUACAUAUUUAUUUCAUGUUUAAUUAAGAACUAAAAUGUACCUGUGUAGCAUGUUGUGUUGUUAAUAAAAUACAUUUUCUCAA